AUGGACCCGAUUCAAGAAGCGAUUGCAGAAAUCGAAUCGCGAGAACCAGGAGAUAAAUUCUCGUAUCAAGCAAUCGCGAAAAAGCAUGGUGUAGCACGAAUGACGUUGAUGAGACGACACCGCGGCGAAACUGAGGCCUAUGGCGUGCGCAACCUCUCCCUCCAUCCACAACACGAGAAGGAGCUUGUACGAUACAUCGAUACGCUUACCGAACGACGUUUGCCACCUACGAAGGAAAUGAUACAACGCUUUGCUUCAGAUUUGGCUGGAAAGCCGGUUUCAGAAAGCUGGGUUGACCGGUUCAUCCGCCGGCACCCCAACCAUCUCAUCUCUGCCCACAGCAAGGGGAUGAGCAAACUUCGUUGCAACGCCGAUUCAGGAGCCAAGUACAGCUUGUAUUUCAAGCUUCUGGUUGAAAAGAUAGAGGAGUACAACGUCCAACCCUCCCAUAUAUUCAAUAUGGACGAAAAGGGG